AUGCCUUUUUUCUACUACUAUAUUUCUCCCAUCAUCACUUCUAUCUCCCACUCUUUUCCCCUGUUCGAACCCUCUCCGAUGCCUUUUUCUACUACUAUAUCUCUCCCUUUUCUAAUUUACACUCUUUCCCUGUUCGAAUCCCCAUCGCCGUUUUUUUCUCUUUUAUCUGUUUACUACCCAUCUCUAUCUCUCACUCUUUUCCCCUGUUCGAACCCUCUCUGCUGCUUUUUUUCUACUACUAUAUUUCUCCCAUCAUCACUUCUAUCUCCCACUCUUUUCCCCUGUUCGAAUCUUCUCCCAUGCCUUUUUUCUACUACUAUAUUUCUCCCUUCUCUAUCUUUUACUUUUCCACUGUUCGAAUCCCCAUCGCCGCUUUUUUUCUCUUUUAUUUCUUUACAACUCAUCAAUACCUUCUACUCUUCCACCGUUCGAAUCCUUUCUGAUGCCUUUUUUCUACUACUAUAUUUCUCCCAUCAUCACUUCUAUCUCCCACUCUUUUCCACCGUUCGAAUCCUCUCAGCCGCCUUUUCUCUUUUAUCUGUUUACUAUCCAUCUCUAUCUUCUCCUCUUCCCCUGUUCGAAUCCUUUGUGAUGCCUUUUUUCUACUACUAUAUUUCUCCCAUCAUCACUUCUAUCUCCCACUCUUUUCCACCGUUCGAAUCCUUUCUGAUGCCUUUUUCUACUACUAUAUUUCUCCCAUCCUCACUUUCAUUACUAUUCUCUUUUCUCCUGUUCGAACCCUCUCAGCUGCCUUUUCUCUUUUAUUUCUUUACCACUCAUCAAUACCUUCUACUCUUCCACCGUUCGAAUCCUCUCUCAUGCCUUUUCUCUAUUACUAUGUCUCUUCUAUCUAUCCUCUACUUCCCUUCCCCUCUUCCAAGCCUCUCUCAUGCCUUUUCUCUAGUAUUAUUUCUCUUCCACUGUUCGAACCCUCUCUCAUGUCUUUUUUCUAUUACUAUAUUUCUCCCACUAUCUCACUACUCAUCAACUUCUUCUACUUCUUUUCAUUACUCCCUUCUCUUACUCUCCUCUAUUCCUCUUUUCUAUUCUCUUUAUCCUAAUAUCUUCUGUUCUCUAUCUCUCCAAAACUAA